UUGUUGUGGAACGUGACCGGAAAAGGCGGGAGCUGAGGACCGGCGCCCUCUCCUUGCUCCUGGGGGUCGUGGCCUUGCUCCCGGCGUGCAAGGCAAGCGCCCGGGUACGUCCACGCGCGUGUGUGCGCGUGGGGCCGCAAGUGCUCGGGGGUCCGCGCUGGGACUCUGCAGGGACCGGAGACGCCAUGGGCGGGGCCUCCAGCACGCGCCGGGUCACCUUCGAGGCGGACGAGAAUGAGAACAUCACCGUGGUGAAGGGCAUUCGGCUUUCGGAAAAUGUGAUUGAUCGUAUGAAGGAAACUUCUCCAUCAGGUUCGAAGUCUCACCGAUAUUCUUGUGCUUAUGGUGCCUCAGUUUCUGAUGAAGAACUGAAGAGAAGAGUAGCCGAGGAACUGGCCCUGGAGCAAGCCAAGAAAGAGUCUGAACACCAGAAACGACUAAAGCAAAGCAAAGAACUGGAACGAGAGAGGGCUCUUGCCAAUGAGCAGUUAACCAGAGCUAUUCUCCGAGAGAGGAUAUCGAGUGAGGAGGACCGCUCGAAGGCAAAACACCUGGACAUUGAAGUCAAAGCAAGGCUGCUGGAAGAGAAAGAUCGAGUGAUAAAGAGGCAAGAUGCAUUCUACAAAGAACAGCUGGCUAGACUGGAGGAAAGGAGCUCAGAGUUCUACAAAGUCACCACUGAACAAUAUCAGAAAGCUGCUGAGGAGGUGGAAGCAAAGUUCAAGCGGUAUGAGGUUCACCCAGUCUGUGCAGAGCUGCAGACCAAGAUUCUCCAGUGCUACCGCCAGAACGCCCAGCAGACCCUCAGCUGCUCUGCGCUGGCCAGCCAGUACAUGCGCUGUGUCAAUCAGGCCAAAGAGGAAAAAAAAAAUCCUAAAAUUUCCAAAGAACCACAAAAGACUCCCAAUAGUCCAAGCAAUCCUGAGAAAGAAAAAUAAGAGCAUGAUUGAGAAGGGAGGAUAAAAGCCACUUUCAGAAGAAGCAAAACUCCAUCAACGUUGAUUCCAGAGGUGGGGCAUAUUUUUUCCUUGUAAGAAAGUAACCUGUUUAGAGAAAAGCCGAUGAAGAGAAGCACUGGGAGCAGAGUGAACAGAAGCGCAUCACAGUUACUCAACAACAUUGGAAAGCCGCGGCCUAGCUAGACCGGGGAUCAGUCACAAAGGACCGCAGUGUUAGUAACCCGGCUGUGAUGACAACGAGAGGGCAACCCUUUCUACCUUUUGUACUUUCUGUCCAACUUUCUCUUCUGACCAAGCUCCAUCACUUGGUGAACCUCCACUCUGGCAAAGCUUGGGGUGGGGGUGGGGGGACAAGGAUAGGAGAUGGGAGUGGGGAGGAUGCUUCCAUCCAGGCUCUCUGUGCUGGCAGAGUAUCCUGACUACAUGUUGGGCUUCUGCUUCCUUUCUCCCUUGACUAUAUAAGAGCUGUUUCAUUUUAACUUACGACGAUCAUGUAAAGAAGACAAAAAGGAGAGAAAAUGUCCCUCUUCUACUGGAAUAAUGUUUAUGAUUAAAGUGAAAUAAGGCAUUUUUUAUCAACAUAAAGGCAACCUUGGCUUAUACAACUGCUUCUCUAUCAUGAAUACUGACACCUGACUUCACUCACUAUCAAUAAUAAAUUUAUUUUCUGACAAAGACUGGCAUUGCA